AUCGCUCAAGUCAAACUGGAGCGGCGCGGCUUCCGUAGAGCGGAUUGAAGCGUCGCACGGGCAGAUCGUUUCUACAAGUCAAGAUGGCGACAUCGGAGCCGAAAGCAGCUGAAACUGAAGAUCAACAGGCUGAUGGUCAGGUUGUUGCAAAUCCUGAGCAGUAUAUCAAACAUCCAUUGCAGAACAGAUGGGCCCUGUGGUAUUUCAAAAAUGACAAGAGCAAAAGCUGGACGGAGAACUUGCGUCUCAUUUCCAAGUUUGACACAGUUGAAGACUUUUGGGCAUUAUAUAACCACAUACAGCAACCAAGCAAACUUGGCUUUGGUUGUGAUUAUUGCUUGUUUAAGGAUGGGAUUAAGCCAAUGUGGGAAGAUGAUCGGAAUAAGCUUGGGGGUCGAUGGCUGAUGACCCUCAACAAACAACAGAGGCAUAACGACCUGGACCGCUACUGGAUGGAAACGCUCCUGUGUUUAGUUGGUGAGUCAUUUGAUGAGGCAAGUGAAGAGGUAUGUGGAGCAGUGGUGAACGUCAGACCUAAAGGCGACAAAAUAUCCAUCUGGACAAGCAACUGCCAAAACAGGGAAGCCAUCAUGACGAUAGGGCAACUUUACAAAGAGCGUUUGAACAUCCCUAUAAAAGCCAUGAUUGGCUACCAGUCACAUGACGACACGUCCAGUAAGAGCGGCUCCACCACCAAGAACAUGUACUCUGUUUGAAAACCCUUCCCCUUGUUUCAACUUGCUGUAGAUUUAAACAAUUACCAGUCUGCAUCAUCACAUUAACUUUUUGAGUUGUCAACUACUAUAGUGUAUUUUCCUUUUAUUGCAAACAAAUAUUGUUUAUAGUGUGUACAGUCUGAGCUUCCCCCUCAACAGAAGGAGUUAUUAGAACCAGGCUGGCUGGAGAGUCUGCUUCAAGAUGUCUUAAACGAGCAGAAGAACAUAAACCCCCUUAACUUUUUAAGGCCUUGUGUUUUCCUCAUGCUGAAUUCUCCUCUAAAAAGUGUUUCUUCUCCCACGAGAAAAAUUCUAGACACAUUUUUGUUUCACAGAACAAGUUUUAAGGGCAGUUUUUAACUUGAUUUACUCAAAGCAUGAGGGUGGACUUGUAGGUGCAUCAGCAUGAUGCACCUAAAAGCUUCCCAAAGUUCGGAAAAGCUAUGGUUGCACUCCAAAGUGGAAGGUUUGGAUUUUAAGGUCAUUUGUUACUUCAGCCACGCUGGAUUUGUGGAAUAUUGCUUGUAGUACUUCUUGUUUUGUUUUCUUCCAGUUACAUUUAUUUAUAAUGUAUGGAUUGCAGUUACUUAGUUACAACAAUGAAACUUGUUUUAUUUUUCUUUGGUUACAGUUUAUAGUGAGGACUGCUGCAUAGAUGACAUUUUUUCCCGUGUACCAUACAGUAAUAUUGCUGACAGAAGGUGUGCUUUUCACUGUUCUCUUCCUAACAGCAACUGUAGAUUAUGUUGCACUCCUCAAUUGAUGCGAAAGAAAGAUGAUAUUCAUUGUGAAAUGACUUUGCUCAUAAUGUAUCUUUAUUAUCUGUAAUUCCAGGAUGUAUAUUACCUUCUUUCAAGUAAAGGUCAAGUGCUUUGCAUUAAACCACAAUAUUGUUGUCACUUUU